GCGAAAUAUUAUUAACCACAAGGAAACCCAGGACGUAGACGUCAUACCCCAUGACAUGGUCCUCCAUCUUACCCCAGACUUUUAAAGCCCUUGUUUGCCUCACCUUCUCACAUUCAAUCCAAUAGACUUCAAUUCUUAAAGCAACCUUGAAUUCGAAUCCCAUCACAGCAACUACAAUCCAUCCGUUACAAUGUCGAACAGAACCGGACUCUACGCUGCGCUCGCUGCAGCUGGUGUUGGCGGUUACUAUCUGUAUCGGGCCGGUGGUGACCCAAAGGCUGCGAAGCAAGAGAUUAAACAUGAUGCCGACGUAGCUCGCAACAAGAUCCCUGCGGACAAGGCCGAGAGAGCUGGCCAGAAAGUUGGUUCUGAAGCUGGUGCGCACAUCGACGAGGCGGUGUCCAAUGCCCGCACCCAGGCGCAAGACGCCAGCAAUCGUGCUUCAGGACUAGCCCACGAAAGUCUCGAUAAGCUUAAUGACGUGCGACAGGAUGCGUCAGCAACGAUCAAGGCCAACGUCGAUAAAUUUGAUAAGACAGUGGAACAGAAGACGAGUGAGGCGAAGGGAUCCUUGUCGAGCUGGUGGAGUGGUAGCAAGUAAUCUGGGGGGACUUUGCGUCUGGAAAUUGAAUAAAGCGCGUUAUUGCGAUGGUUUAAAUUAUGUUAAUAUCAGCUAGCUCAUAUCCUCUCAUGAAGGCGAUUAAUGCUAUUAUUUUUCAUUGACAUUGUUAUUAUCCUUCAAAUGGCGGCUUCAUGAUAGUGGUAAAUGGUUGGAAGUAUAGACUUGGCACGCUGCAUGGAAGAAGAAUAUUGUAUGUGUAUUGUCCGGUUGUCGUUGGCACUGACCAAGUCUGAUAACUUGAUAAUCCCGAUAAGAUAGAGGAUUCGACAGAGAGGCUUGUUUUACUGGUAGAAGCUAGUGGUGCUGUGGUAUGUUGCAUUCCUGUCAUGCCGAUUACCGUAGUGACGAAGUGCCAUGCACUUACGGAGUAAGUUAUCCACUCGAGAACUUCUCCUCGUGCUGUGGUUUCCGGACUCCAAC